UUCAACUGAGACUUCAUCAGGUUGGAAAAAUGUCUUCAAAGGAGUUGGUGGUGGCUGCCCUGGGUCGUCCUUUCACCUUAGGCAUGUUGUAUGAUGCUCGUACAGAAAAACUGGUUCCAGGCAUCACAUUGUGGGAUGAUAAAACGAAACAGGUGAACACAGUUAAGGCGCCUCAGCCCAGCAGUGAAUUUCAAAUUUCUACAAGUGAUUCAACCACAGAAAAAUGCACUCUGCUUGAUGUUGAUGCUUCUCUGAAGGCCAGUUUCCUCAGUGGACUGAUUCAAGUCGGAGGAUCUGGAAAAUACAUGAAUGACAAGAACGAUUCUCAUCAUGUGUCCAGAGUCACGCUUCAGUACAAAGUUACCACCGAGUUCAAACAACUAUUUUUGACACCUCUAGAUGCCAAGAAAAAGCAACAGAUAGGCCACUUUGAGCACGGCAUGGCAACACAUGUAGUCACAGGCAUCACAUAUGGGGCACAUGCUUUCUUUGUGUUUGACAGUGAGAAGUCUGAGGACAGCACUGUUCAGGACAUACAGGGCCACAUGGAAGCAGUAAUAAAGAAGAUUCCAUCACUUCAAAUUGAAGGGGACAUUGAUCUCAAGCUGACGGACAAAGAAAAAGACCUGACUGAUAAGUUCUCCUGCAAGUUCUUUGGCGACUUUGUCCUUAAAGUCAACCCUACAACCUUCGCUGAUGCAGUAAAGACCUAUGUUGAACUUCCAACUCUGCUGGGAGAAAAUGGAGAGAAUGCUGUUCCAGUGACGGUCUGGCUGAUGCCAUUGAAGACAUUACAUUUCCAGGCUCCUCAGGUGGCACCUGGGAUCAGUGCUGGAUUAGCAGGAAAGGCUGAGAUUGCCUUUGAAGACUUACAUCAACUGAAAAUGAGAUGCAAUGCUUCUCUUGGUGACAAAGUGGUCCAGCGUAUUCCACAGAUUCAGAAAAAGUUGACAACUUUCCAACAACUGUGCAAUGAAUACACAUCUACACUUCAAGAGAAAACAGCAAAGAAUAUUCAGUCCAUUAAAGAGGGCAAGAAAGAUGAAAGUGAGUUAGCUCAAAUCUUUGAAGAGAGACGCUUGUCACCAUUCAGCAAUGAGAAGCUGAACCGGUGGAUGGAGUGUAUGGAAAGAGAGAUCACCGUCAUCAGGUCCUGUGUGGACAUAAUGGACGGAAUACAGAUUGUGUCCAAUAACUCUGAACUGGAUCGACAAGUUCUGAAGUCAGGUGUGGAAGAUGCUUUCUGCUUUGUUUUUACUUCUGUGGAAAAUGAAAACCCCUACAUAGAAGAUUUGGCCAACUAUUCAAGUUCACUCGAUUUAGGAAGUGUAGCGCAUGUUAGUCCCAGUGAUCAGGACCUGUGCUACUCAGAUAAAGUGCUAAACAGAAUGAGAGAAGAUGCCCAGGCUUUCCAAGAUCUUUCCAAACGUCGUAAGAGCAGCAGGUUCUGUUUCCUCAUAGCAGCUAUAGCCAAUGACAAAUACCAAGGAGCAAGCAUCUACCACUACAACAAUGGCAUUCUGAUCACUGACUGUGCUUCAAAGCCUGAACCGCUUCCUGAGGAGACCAUAACAGACAGAACUACUCUCCUGUGGUAUGCCUGUGAUCUCACACUGGACCCAAACACAGCUCACAAGGACCUGACUCUUUCUGAUGACAAAAAAAAGGCAAUAAAAGAAGAGCCGCAGUCCUAUCCUGAUUGUCCAGAAAGGUUUACGACAUUUCCUCAGGUUCUGUGCAGGGAGGGGUUGAUGGGGUGCUGUUACUGGGAGAUAGAAUGGAGUAACAUGUAUCUCGAGGAGGUUGCUGCCCUUAUUGCAUACCAAACAAUCAGUCGAGAAACUUAUCUCGGAGGUAAUGAUAUAUCAUGGAGCUUAGUCCACAACCGCCAGGUACAAUGCAAUUUCCUUGCCCAGCACAGUAAUAAAGCAGACGCAUUCACAAUAUCAGAUGAGGGCUUCAAAUGUCUUGGUAUGUUUCUGAAUACUUUUAGUGGCACUCUGACUUAUUAUAGGGUCUCAGGUAACACUCUCACUGUCCUCUACACCUUCAGGGACAAAUUCACUGAACUUCUUUACCCAGCUUUAAGGAUCUCGACGAAAGGCAGCUACAUAAAGCUGCUAUAGUGUUAAACAUUAGUUCUGAUGGCUUGCAGGAAUCCAGAUUUUGUGACAUUAAUACUCUCAUUUUCGUUAAGAAUUAAAGAUGAUUUUCAUUUGUUUUGAAGAUGCGAUAAUGAUUUAGAUGUAGGCUAUGAUAUGGGGCAGACGGAAGAGGUGUGCUUAUAGCUAAUUUGUGAUAUUCACGAUUGUUUACUUUUAGUUUCAGGUUCAGUUUAGCUUUAUUUUUAGGGUGCAGUGAUUGAAAAUUGAGGUGUGGAUGUAACUUUGUAACUAAUUCUGAAAUGCUGACCAGGGAGGCUAAUUUUUCAGGGGUCCAAUCAGUAAAACAGUGGGAACCCUACUGCUUCCUCCUGCUUCUUCUUUGACUGUCUGCCAAAUGUGGUAGUCAUCAGCCACGAUGGGGUUGUUACAGAUGGAGAAGAAACUAAGUGCACUGAAUUCUACAAAAUUCAGUGUGUAUGGUUAUGGGUCAUAUCCGAGUUGAAUCCUCUGUUUUGUUGAGGGUUACAUAAAGUGGAUGGAAAUUAUUAUGCAAACAACACUCUAAGAUAUCUCCCUCGAAAUUUAAAACAAAUUCACCAAAAAUCACAUUUGUUCUACACACCUGAAAAAUUUUCACUAUAUCCACUGAAUUGUGACAAACAUUGAGUCACUGGUACCUAUGGUGUAUUCUGAAGUCUGUCAACACUACAUGUUCAUUUAUUUAUUUUUAUUUCAGUCUCUCAAGUCAUGUGCAUUUUUGCUCAGAAUUUGCAAAUUGAAAACUAACUACUUUUCUAAUAAUAUUAAAAAGAUUCAAAGUGAAACUAAAACAAACUAGCCAGAGGCCAUUCAACCAGUUCUUACAAAAUUUGGUGUACACCAUCUGCCAUCUAUGUUGAUAAAAAAGUUAUUGAGGGUUUUUGAAAUCUGAAACCAUUUCAAAGAUUCGCAACAAAUUCGUACAUUUCAGGUCUUGGCCCUUUGAGCUUCUGUGGCCAAUAUUUUGUGACGUUAUGCUCCAAACGCAACAGCUUAAUAAAACUUUAUGCUCACAGUCACUGCAACACUCUUUGGAUUCAAACACCAUUUUAAGACAUUUCAACCACAGGGGUGCUCCAACUGGCACGUUAAUUUUAAAUUUUUGCCAACAUUACAGAAAUACGAAGCCCUUGAAGUGUCAUUGCAAAAUGUUUUGCAUGCCGAAAAAAUGUGCUCUCAUUUUGGUACAUAGUUGACUUUAAUGUAAUCUUGUUUUACUGUAGUGUGCGCUCAUUUUACUAUAGUAAUUUGAGGGCUCAAAAAGGAAAACGAGCACACAAAUUAUCACGGCAAGAAAAAAAUAUCACUUUAAGUGACGGGUUCUGUACAUACAGCACUGAUUGGUUGGCUCACCAAAAUGGCUGCCAAAUGGCUUAUCAAAUUUCAGCAGCAUUGAUUUUUUUUUUUUAUUAUUUUGUAAUUUUAUUCAAGAACUGUUUUUAAUUUUCGUUAUUCAUACUACAAUUUUAUCCUCAGUCUUUUCCAAAUGUGGCCCGUACAAUGUUUGAAGUAAUCCAAGCAAAAAUUAUCAAAUUAAAUUUUGAUACUGUCUCAUGUUUUGCUACAAUUGCCUACCAAAAAUGAGAGGUGUGGCUUAUUUAACUAUGUGUAUAGCUCAUUGAUGAACUGCUCUGUUGAAAUAAAACUUUGUGGACUUAA